AGGAACAGUAGUGAAGUGGGUGGUGUCUACAACUGUCAACUUGGUAUAAAACGUCCCACUUCUAGGAAGGUAUCUUAGAUUCCUCUCUCUCUGGUAGCCAAGCCUCUCUGUCUCUCUCUCUCUUUCUCUCUGCCUUAGGAGCCGGUUUAAAAAGUUACUGCCAUCAUGUGUGAUGAUGAGGAGACUACUGCUUUGGUCUGUGACAAUGGUUCUGGCCUGGUCAAGGCUGGCUUUGCUGGUGAUGAUGCUCCCCGUGCAGUCUUUCCAUCUAUCGUAGGACGCCCUCGUCACCAGGGUGUCAUGGUGGGUAUGGGUCAGAAAGACUCCUACGUAGGAGAUGAGGCCCAGAGCAAGAGAGGUAUCCUGACCCUGAAAUACCCCAUUGAACAUGGUAUCAUCACUAACUGGGAUGACAUGGAGAAGAUCUGGCACCACACCUUUUACAAUGAGCUUCGUGUAGCCCCUGAGGAGCACCCCACUUUGCUGACAGAAGCCCCACUGAACCCCAAGGCCAACCGUGAGAAGAUGACUCAGAUUAUGUUUGAGACCUUCAAUGUCCCAGCCAUGUAUGUUGCCAUCCAGGCUGUACUUUCCCUUUAUGCCUCUGGACGUACCACUGGUAUUGUUCUGGACUCUGGAGACGGUGUCACUCACAAUGUCCCCAUCUAUGAAGGCUAUGCUCUGCCUCAUGCCAUUAUGCGUCUGGACUUGGCUGGUCGUGACCUUACAGACUACCUGAUGAAGAUCCUGACUGAACGCGGUUACUCUUUCGUUACCACAGCUGAGCGUGAAAUUGUCCGUGACAUCAAGGAGAAGUUGUGUUAUGUUGCCUUGGACUUUGAGAAUGAAAUGGCUACAGCUGCCUCCUCCUCUUCUCUGGAAAAGAGCUAUGAAUUGCCAGAUGGACAGGUUAUUACCAUUGGAAAUGAACGUUUCCGCUGCCCAGAGACUCUUUUCCAGCCAUCUUUCAUUGGUAUGGAGUCUGCAGGUAUCCAUGAGACUACUUACAACUCAAUCAUGAAGUGUGACAUUGAUAUCCGCAAGGACCUGUAUGCCAAUAAUGUCCUCUCUGGUGGUACCACCAUGUAUCCUGGUAUUGCUGACCGUAUGCAGAAGGAAAUCACAGCUCUGGCCCCAAGUACAAUGAAGAUUAAGAUUAUUGCACCUCCAGAACGUAAAUACUCUGUCUGGAUCGGUGGCUCCAUUUUGGCUUCCCUAUCUACCUUCCAGCAGAUGUGGAUUAGCAAACAAGAGUAUGAUGAGGCAGGCCCCUCAAUUGUCCACAGAAAGUGCUUCUAAAUGUACCUUCUCUUACCAUCAGCGAUCUUGGGCAAUUACUCCAAAAGACAGCUCCUCCAUUGGCCUGGCAUGCUCAGUGAUAUACUUGUUAGUACUGAAUGUCACACUGGGUAUGCAGAGGGUUAGAAGACCACUACAAACAUAAAACAGAACUUGGUACCAAAUGCUUGCUGCUGCUGCUGUUCACUACUCAGGAUUGAGAUAUUCUCAGUGUUUUCCUACUUACAGAUGUCGUCCUUGUCUUUGUGUACCACUGCCUUAAAUCAUAACACUCUUGUAUCAAUGGUCUGUGUUGUAUUUCAUUUCCAUCUUAUUUUGUUAUUUAUGAAAAUUGUUUUAUUCUCAGAAAUGAUUAAAAUAUAAAAGAUUUUCUUGUA